GUUGUCUACAUGUUUUCACCUAGUUUCAAAUGAGCCUCUCCAUUAUCUUCAACCUCCCUUACCUCUCCCCAAACACUCUCUUCCAAUAAGGUAUAUCCGUGAGAAACAGAGUGCUUUCAAAUUUAUCUAACCAUGGCUGAGACCAAACCUGAAAUAGAGAUGUCGGAGGAAGAGAGGAAGAUAGCGAAGAUGUCUUCGUUGAAGAAGAAAGCCAUAAAUGCAUCGAACAGAUUCAAGAAUUCAUUCAAGAAAAAAGGUCGGAGAAGUAGUAGCAGAGUCAUGUCCGUGCCGAUUGAGGAUGACAUUGACGCAGAAGAUCUUCAAGCUCUUGAUGCUUUUCGUCAGGCUCUUGUCCUUGACGAGCUCUUACCAUCCAAACUAGAUGAUCUCCACAUGAUGCUUCGAUUCUUGAGAGCAAGAAAGUUUGACAUUGAGAAGGCUAAACAGAUGUGGAGUGACAUGAUUCAAUGGAGGAAAGAUUUCGGCGCUGACACGAUCAUCGAGGAUUUUGAGUUCGAAGAGAUCGAUGAAGUGAUGAAGCACUACCCUCAAGGCUAUCAUGGAGUAGACAAGGAAGGCAGGCCUAUCUACAUUGAGAGAUUGGGCCAAAUUGAUGCUAACAAGCUACUCCAAGUGACAACAAUGGACCGGUACGUGAAAUACCAUGUCAAAGAGUUCGAGAAGACUUUCAAGAUCAAGUUUCCUUCUUGUUCUGUCGCAGCGAAUAAAUACAUUGAUCAGAGCACAACUAUUCUUGACGUGCAAGGCGUGGGGCUUAAGAACUUCAGCAAAUCCGCUAGAGAGCUUCUUCAAAGGCUUCUUAAGAUUGACAAUGACAACUAUCCUGAGACAUUGAACCGGAUGUUCAUUAUCAAUGCCGGUUCUGGAUUCCGGUUAUUGUGGAGCACCAUUAAAUCGUUUCUUGAUCCCAAGACCACAUCAAAGAUUCAUGUUCUUGGGAACAAAUAUCAUAGCAAAUUGCUUGAAGUCAUCGAUGCUAGUGAGUUGCCAGAGUUCUUUGGAGGCGCUUGCACUUGUGAAGACAAAGGAGGAUGUAUGCGCUCUGACAAAGGUCCAUGGAAUGAUCCAGAGAUUCUAAAGAUGGCUAUUAAUCGUGAAGCCAAGUGCUCACCGAUUUCAGAAGAUGAACAGAAGCACGUAGACCAAGGAAGAUCAACUUCAGUUCCUGAAAGCUUUGAGAGAACCAAGAAGAAAAGCGAUGAAGGCAAUGCGUAUGAGAAGCAAAUCACAACCAUUGACAAGUCAAUGGAUAUGGCAUGGCCUGUGAAAACUCAUAAAGCUGAAAACUUCCCAAUCUCUAAAGGGCUAGAGUGUUACGUAAGGAAAGGGGCACCAACGAAAGGGGAUGGAAUGCUUGUGGGAGGGGUCAUGGCCUUUGUGAUGGGCAUUGUUGCAAUGGUAAGGCUAUCAAAAGACGUUCCCCGCAAACUAACUGAGGCUGCUUUAUAUGGAAACUCAGUGUGCUAUGAGGAAUCUACAAAGUCUAAGCAAAAUCAAGCUCAAUUCGCAGCACCAGUCUCGAGCUCUGAGUAUAUGUUGAUGGUGAAACGUAUGGCCGAGUUGGAAGAUAAAUGCAUGUUCCUUGACUUGAAACCAGCUAAUGUCGAAUCUGAGAAAGAGGAGAAACUUCAGGCCGCACUUAACCGUGUUCAAGUGCUUGAGCAAGAGUUGACUGAGACCAAGAAGGCUCUGGAAGAAGCUCUUGUGAGCCAGAAGGAGAUUUUGGCGUACAUUGAGAAAAAGAAGAAGAAGAAGAAGUUUUUCGGAUUCUAACUCAGCGAAAGGAAAGAAGAUGAGAUCAUAAAGUAAGAAAAUGUUGGAUCAAACUGAGAGAGUUUGUUUGUGAUUUUGUUUUUGAGGAAUAGAUAUAUUAUUCAGCUUAAAAGCAACAGACUUGUAUAUUUUACUAUCUGAAAAUGAAACUAUUUGUCUUUUUGGUUGUGACAUUGUUUGUGUGUGCGUUUCUUUUAAUUUCUCUUUGAACAUUAUUUGUGAUUUUUUUUUUUUUGUCCACGAGAUUAAACUAAUAUACGUUUGCUAUA